UUUACAAACAAACUCUGGCACUAUCCAAUCGUCGACCAACUUGGCGAAUAAUGCAUCCCCAUCUACGUAUUCAAUGGAUAUAUUUGAACAGAAAGCAAUGCAUGUGUUCAAGGGACAUACUCAAGCCAUCACAGCCAUCUCAUGGUCUAAAGGUGGAUUUAUUGUAUCAGCAUCAAUGGAUCGCACAGUGAAUCUAUGGCAUAUCAACUGUGCCGAUUCUCUCUGCGUGUUUCACCAUCCAGAUAUAGUCACAAGUGUUUGCUUUCAUCCACACGACGAUCGUUAUUUUUUAAGUGGUGCAUUGGACGGUCGUGUGCGCUUAUGGUCCAUUCACGAAAAAAAAGUAAAGUAUUGGAACGAGCUUCAUCGCAAUGCCAUAUCUGCUCUUGCAUUCAACCGUGACGGCACCACUGUGAUUGUUGGAACCGUUCAAGGCGAUUGUGUAUUUUAUGAAUCUGAAGGACUCAAGUACAAUACACAAAUCCAACUUGCAUCUACUUCUUCAUUGAAAGGCAGCAAGGAUGUCAAAAUCACGGGAAUUGUUGCUUUGCCACCACAAGUUACCGACAACCAUCAAGACGAAAAGUUUUUGGUAACAUCAACAGAUUCUCACGUGAGGAUAUUAAAUGCAAGAGAUAAAUCUUUGUAUAG